AAAAAAAUCACAACAAAGCCACGUGGGCGAUACAGGAAGUGACGUCAGGUAGCAACCCGGAACUCGGCAAGGAACAACAACUGGAGCUUCCCUUGAACGCCUCGAUACCGUUUUAUCGACUCGGAUCAAAGCGAGUAGAAUGGCCUCAGACUGGUUGGGGAGUGUUGUGUCGAUAAACUGUGGCCUGACGUUGGGAGUUUAUCAGGGAGAGGUGUCGUGUGUUGAUCACGCCAGUCAGACCAUCUCACUGAGGCAGCCCUAUCACAACGGGGUCAGAUGUCCUGUUCCCGAAGUCACUUUCAGCGCCAUGGAUAUUAAGGAGCUGAAGUUCCUCGAUAUCCAGAACACGGUCAGCAAGCCCAGCUGUGCUCAGGGAGCUGCAACAGAACCCGUUUCUGUACCUUCAGGACGCCCUGCUCAGAGUAACAGAACCACUCAGUCGCACGCAACAAGCAGCAGCUCUUGUUCCAGCGCUGCUCCAAUCACCAUCCUACGCAGAGCUCCUGCAGGUUCGUCUAGCAGCAGAGGAGUGACGCAGGCCACACCGAAGAAAAACGGCCUGAGGAACGGCGGCGCUGGAGGGCCGAUGAGGGCGAAAGACGACGAGUGCUUCGGAGACGGGACCGAUGAGGACCUGGACACGGACUUCGACUUUGAGGGAAACCUGGCGCUGUUCGACAAAGCCGCGGUCUUCUCCCAGAUUGAAGGCACCAACAACCACAGCAACAGGACGCAGCAUCACAGCUCGCAGGCCGAACAGAAGCCCGUCUCGUAUCGCCACGAUGAGAAUAUUCUGCAGGGGAAACCCGUCAUAUUCAGACAGAUCACAGUGCCGCAGCAUGGAGGCAAAGAGUACUGUACAGAUUCAGGCCUGGUGGUUCCCAGCGUGUCCUACGAGCUUCACCAGCGUCUGCUGGCAGCUGCAGAGCGUUGCGGCCUGUCGGUGGAGCGCCGGCUGGAGACGAUCGGUGUCUGCGCCAGUCAGAUGGCUCUCACUCUGCUGGGCGGGCCGAACAGACUCACCCCAAAAAAUGUCCACCAGAGGCCCACUGUGGUGCUUCUGUGUGGGCCACACAUCCAGGGAGCGCAGGGCAUCAGCUGCGGCAGACACUUGGCCAACCAUGAAGUGGAGGUCAUCCUGUUCCUGCCAAACUUUCUCAAAAUGCAGGAGUCAGUCACCAGUGAGGUCAACCUCUACAGCAGGACCAGCGGCAAGCAGGUGUCCAGCGUCAAAGACUUGCCAGCGAGCCCCGUCGAUCUGGUCAUCAACUGCCUGGACUGCCACGAAAACCGACUGCUGAGGGAGCAGUCCUGGUACAAAUCGGCCGCUGACUGGGCCAACCAGAACCGGGCCCCAGUCCUGAGUAUCGAUCCUUCGGUCAGCGAGCAGCAUCAGCCUGUCCAGGCGAAGUGGACCCUCUCUUUGGGCCUUCCACUACUUCUCACUGAGGCGGAGAGCAGGGUCUACCUGUGUGACAUUGGCAUCCCUAAGCAGGUUUUCCAGGAGGUGGGGAUCCGCUACCACUCGCCCUUUGGAUGUAAAUUCGUCAUUCCUCUGCACUCGGCAUAAAAGAGGACUCACUGACAUUGCACUUGGUUACAAAUGGACAGUAUGAGGGAGUUAUCUGUUCAUUGCGUCUGGCAAUAACUGAGAAGCAGCUAUAUGACCAGACUGAUAUUUUGUUACAGACACAUCUGUUGUAGUUUUUUCUCUGACCCAUCGGACGCUCCCGGGAGUUUCUGCGCGUUGCGUGCGAUACCUCUUGUUUUUGAGAGGGAAAGAUUUCCUGUUCUUUGGUUUGUUUUGAUAAGGGCUCUGCGACGAUGUGAAUAUGUUUACAAAAUGCUGACCACUGUGAGUCUAUCUGUGACCUCUGACCCCGUGACCAGUCGGAGCCGCACAGACACAGUUCCUGUUUCCUCCUUUAGAUUACAUGUGGAGUCUGAUCCCGGCCCUGUGAACCGGAGCACGGCUCAGCCUAAAGCUGUCUGCCAGCCCAAAUCUACCAAUCAUGUCGGCGUCCACAGUCAUUGUCUUUUUUUACUUUCUCAAAUGGGUCUUUAUGUUUUGUAAUGGUUGUAGCAUUUUUCACUAAAAAAGGUGAUCUCUAUAUUUGUAUUUAUUUGUUGAAAACACCUCAGGAAUUAUGACUGGUGAACGUAUGUAUGAAUAACAUUUGAUAGUUCUCUUUGCAGUAGCGCUCUCGGAAGAAUAAUUUUCAGUUUUUGAAGAUUAGACACAAAUCUGAAGGACACGUCUUAAGCACCAAGAACAUCUCUGACCAGGUGCAUCACCAGGUAUCAGAGCUAGAUACUGUAGACACUGUAAAACCUAAUUAUUUAAUAUUUUCCUUUUUGACAUCAGAUUCACUUUCAGUGACGUAACCACUCUGACCACCUUCAUCUGUUUUGGUCAGAAUAAUGAUCUUCUGUUCAAACCUCAGAUCAGCAAAAUGUUACGAAAUUAAGAAGACAGCCUUAUUUGUAGCCUGGCAGCUAUGCACUUUUGAGAUUAUUCAGGUGUUUUUAAGAGAUAUUAAGUCCUCAAAGUCCUCGAAAUACAGUACUAGAAGUAAAAACCGUAAAGGUAAAAAAAAAGAAAAAAAAAGAAACACAUUUCUACACUUUAAUGAUUUAAUGAACCCUUUAACAUAUUGCAGAGAACGGCAAGCUCUUUAAACCUGUCUUUUGCUAAUGUGUGAAUGUUGUGGCUCUUACACCUAAAGAAUAUGUGUUGAACAAGAGAGUCACAUGGUCCUUCAAUCGAUAACACCUGAAGAAGUCUGAGAAAUCAUUCUUAUUUCCUGAGAGCAAAGAAACUGAGGGAGGUGAUUUGGUCAAUCUAUUGCGUACCUGCUUUCUAAGCUACCUUUUUUCUAAGCUUGUUACAGUCUUUUGAAAACUUGGAAGUCACCUAUUAUAGUGGGAACUGCAACAGACACAGUUUUGAGUCUUUUGCGAGGUGUUUAAACGUCUGUCUGUCCGUCUGUGUGUUUGAUUGUGUCACAGCCAUGUAAGACGCAGGCAGGAGGAAACUUCUGGUGUGUCGUGGAGAUCAAACUGCAGGCUGAGUUCAAAGACGGGUGGGAUCCGACCCACAAGUACCGAUAACUAAUGUAAUAAUGUAAUAAAAACCACUGAGCAGUCACGAGUCAGAACUUAAACGUGUUGACAGGUGUAGCGGCUGGUGUGACCCCAUCACAAUAUCUCUUUGUGUAUAUGUGUAAAGCAUUAAAAAAAGAAAAAAACAUUCAGCCUGGAUCUUCUGACAAAACGCAGGGUGACAUUAGGUGCUCCUUUUUAUAUUCAAGUGAAAUAAAAUCAUCUGAAAACAC